UGAGAAAACACUCUGAAGUUAGCCAACUUUCAAAACUGCGGCGCAGUAGUUCACUGGAAUCUGUAAAUAGCAUGGCUUCUGUAGCCAACGAGAAUGGCGGCUUGGAUUCCAUGGUAGAAGCUAAAACAGCAUGCAGUUGCAUGUCUGAGCUGUCCACAGGGAACGUGAGCUUCAAGAGUAGACCCAUUGAAGAAGAAUAUGAAGAAGAAGAUGAUCAAGAAGAAGAAGAAUAUGAAGAAGAAGAAGAAGAUGAUGAUAAAGAUGGUAGUGAAUGCUCCUCAAAACGCAGGGAAUUGAGUGGUCUUGAGCCAGCCAAGAAGCGGUUUAAAGCUUGUUUGGGUAACGUAGAAGAGGAGGAUGAAGCCAUUGACAGUAGAAUAGAAAUUCUUCAAACUCUUGUGCCUGGAGGAUAUGGCAUGGAUACUAUCCCUUUACUUGAACAAACUGCCUGUUAUAUCAAGUUCCUAAUGGAAGUAGUUAAUCUGUGAAAUGGUGUUAGAUUACAGACAAGCUCUGACGUUUUCUUACAGCUUUUUUUAAUUUGCUCUCUUCAUAUCCCGAAUAGCCAGCUGACCUUUUUGUUCCUGAUAAAAUAUGUUGUGCAGGAACUGAUAAUUGUCCCCCUUGUUGUCUUUUUCACAUUUCCACGACAAUAUUAAAAGAUGUGUUGUUGCUAGUGUAUUCACUUUCCAGAAUAUGAGUAGUAUGGUAAUCUUUGGAGUUUGUGAUCUAUCAGUUAACGACAAAAAUGAGUAGAGCCAGGCUCUUCUUUGCAGCUUUUGCUUGGUAUUGUUAGCCUGUGUUAAUCUAGAUUAGUCUUGUUUGUUCAUUUUACUCCUCCGGGAGUCUUUUGAAGUGCAUCUUCUUCCUGUAAAUCUUUUUGUUUUGCCCAAUAACAAUACUCCUUCGGGAGUCUUCUAAAGUGGAUCUUCUUCCUGUAAUCUCUUUGUUUGAUUCUAUAAUAAUAUGCCUCUCGGAGUGUUUUAAAGUGUA